GCGCCCAAGGACGCGCCGCCGCUCGAUGGCGACGCCGCCGCCGAGGAGCCCCCGCCGGGGGCGCCUUUCCCAGAGUUGCCGCCGCAGCCGCCCGCCCAGAUGCGCCCAGAGCCGACGAUGAUCACGCGCCCCACGUUCAUGCAUGACGUUCGGUUGCGACGCGGGUGGUGCAACGAAGAGGUAAUUGCAGACAGGGCCCGGUUGAGGGGCAAGUCGCAGCAGAAGUACAGGUGCGACCGCUGCAAUGUCCACAUCGCGCAGCUUAGCCGCGAGUUCGGCGAGUUCCCGAGCAGCGACUUCAAGCGCCUGUGCGAGGAGACGCAGCAGGCCUUUUUCAAGGACGUGCGCGACGUCUCAAGCGGGAAGAUGGCGGUCGCCAAAGUCAAGGAGCUCAUGCGGAGCUACGAGAACCACGAGGGCUACUACGCCGAGGGAGGGGAGUUCCCCCCCCCCCUCCCUAUAGGCGCGUGGAGCACGCGCGGCUUCGAUGCCGCGCUCAUCGAGGCCAACAGCCUGGAGAAGGACAAGAGGCAGCGCAGGGUCUUGGGCGCAACGUACCGCGUCCCGAUCCUGUCUGGAGGCCAUCGUGGAGCCAGGGGCACCGAGCGGCCCCACGUCGCCGAGGCCUCGCACCCCUCCAAGAAGAUCGAGAAGACGACGGUUGCUGACGCCGACGAGGAGUUUGAUGAGGGGCCUUCGGACGACGACGACUCGGACUCCAGCUCGGACUCGAGCAGCAGCUCGGACGACAAGAAGAACAAGAAAAAUAAGAAGGCGAAUAAUGCGAAGAAGCAGAAAAAGAAGGCAGCGAAGAAGGAACGGGCGAGGAAGGAGAAGGAUCGCAAGAAGGCGCUGGAGGAGAAGGAGAGGGCCAAGCAGGAGAGGAAGGCCGCCGUCGAGAGCCGCAAGGUGGCGGCGGCGAAUGGCAAAUUGGCCGACAGCAUCGAGAAAAAGGUGACGGAGACGUUGACGGCCAUCAACAGGGUGGCGGGCCAUCGCUUGUUCCCUGAGUUCCGCCAGAGCAUCAAGGAUGACAUGGACGCGUUCCAGGCCAAGCUGCAGUGCAUGUCGCAGGACAUCGAGAAGGUCCAGAACGGCGUCGGCAGCUCCAUCCGUUACGUGAGCACGACCGCCGAGGCCAAG